AUGCUACUCCUAUCACUCCUUACUAUCGCCGCUGGGCUACUGGUUCCUGCCGCAUCCAGAAACACACCAACUCGACGAACCUCAGGUGCAACAUCUACUCUCAUAGCAACACAGUAUGGAACUGUGUUUGAUGCUCCAGUCACAAUCGGGAACCAGAGCUUCAUGCUCCUCGUGGACACUGGCAGCAGUGACACCUACGUGAUGCAAACCGGAUACAGAUGCGUCAACAGCACUGACAACCUUGUCAUAACACAAAGUGAUUGCCUCUACUCAAACAAGACCUACCACAAGUCUACAACAUAUCGCCGUGUCCCCAACGAGAUGUUUGGCGUGCAAUACGGCGCAGGACUCGCGAGCGGCGUCAUGGCCUACGAACAAGUGUCCAUGCACGGUGUAACCGUCAACGCGCAGAAGAUUGCUAUCUCAGAUGUCUCCAACCCUAUGGGCGAUGACGUGAACAGCGGGUUACUCGGUCUGGGAUACCCAGCUCUCACCUCCGCACACCCGGCGAAUCACACAUCCAACAGCACAUAUUGGCGCGAUCGUCUAGUGUACAACCCUUUACUGUUUACGAUGCACGAGCAAGGCCUCAUCGAUCCAUACUUCAGUCUUGCACUCGCGCAUACACCACAAAAUCAAUCUACUUCUUUUGGGGGGUACUUGACGCUUGGCGGUCUUCCACCCGUCAAUCACAGUUCCCACUUCUCCACAGUCCCUGUCGAGAUCACGGAGAACAUUCCGCUGUGGUACACAUCGGGGAAAAGUGUCCGAUCUUACUGGUCAACCACUGUCAACAAUAUCACUUAUGGCCCCUCCUCGAAUAACCUGACCACACACAAAACUUCAUUCCAAGCAUUCAUCGACUCUGGGAACUAUAUCUCGUACCUUCCACCCGCAGUUGUUGAGCCUAUCAACGCUCUCUUUUCGCCUCCGGCAACUUAUGAUUCUGACCUCGGUUUGUAUAUUGUUGAUUGCUCGGCCAAAGCACCGGAAUUCGGUCUGUCGCUUGGUGAUCAGACAUUCUACCACGAUGGUUCCGAUCUGAUCUAUCAGACUGCUGAGGGGGUUUGCGUGUCUAGUCUGGCUUCAUCUGCGGAGGUCUCCCUGGGUGAUAUCACAUUGAACAUUAUUGGCGUUCCAUUUUUGAAGAACGUCGUGGCUGUGUUUAACUUUGGGAAGAAUGAGAUGCAGUUCGCUAAGAAGCUGAGUUAUCGACACGAUCCCUCGGGGAAUACUACCUCGACACCUCUGGUUUCUGGUGCCCCGGUUCGAUUCAAUAGUGAGCAUAGCGCUGUGAUCGGUUUAUUUUUGGCCUUGACUAUUUCACUGAUGGUAUAA